UCCGGCGAUAGGCGCAGUUUUAAGUUUAGCGGCAGCAACAUUGUGCGUUUGAGCUUCUCAGGAUAAGUCACCAAUGGCAGCUGGGUUAGUUGUAUCCAUAGCCGUAACUCCAAAAUUGAGGCCAUUUUCCUUAAUUUCCCACCAAAAUCAAUCUUCUGCACAAAAGGGAGGGAAUAUUGAUCCACGUGGUAAUUACGCAGAUUGUGCUUCACUGAUACAGGGGUUAAGUAGGAAAAAAUUGCCUGUUGCUGCUGAAAGGCUAGUCCUUGAAAAGAAAUCUGAGGGUUUUGUACCUGAUAGCUCUACCUUGUCAGCAUUGAUGCUAUGCUAUGCUAGUAAUGGUUUAUUUUGCAAAGCAUUAGCUGCUUGGGAUGAAAUUAUGAACAGUUCAUUUCUGCCGGAUGUUCAUGUAAUUGCAGAACUGAUUGAUAUCUAUGGCUGCAAAGGAUAUUUAGAUGUUGCUGUCAGAAUAUUGCAUCAGAUUCAGUUGAAAGAUUCCAACCUGCUUCGUGAUGUUUAUGCUCAGGCUAUCUCUCGUUUUGGAAAAAAAGGGCAGCUUGAAUUGAUGGAAGUUAUGCUGAAAGAGAUGGUUUCCAUGGGGUUCCCUGUUGAUUCUACUACUGGAAAUGCCUAUGUUAUUUACUAUAGCAAUUUUGGCACGCUGAGUGAAAUGGAAGUUGCAUAUGGCCGUCUUAAGAUGUCAAGAAUUCUUAUAGAGGAAGAAGCGAUCAGGUCUAUAUCCUUGGCUUAUCUCAAGAAAGAGAAGUUUUAUAGUUUAGGUCAGUUUGUAAGAGAUGUCGGUCUUUGUAGGAGAAAUGUGGGGAAUCUACUGUGGAACCUGUUACUUCUUUCUUAUGCUGCCAACUUCAAAAUGAAAAGUUUGCAGAGAGAAUUUGUGAGAAUGGUAGAAAGUGGAUUUUUUCCUGAUCUUAGUACUUUUAAUAUUAGAGCUUUGGCAUUUUCAAAGAUGUCUUUAUUUUGGGAUCUGCAUGUAACCCUUGAACAUAUGAAACAUGAGAAGGUAGUUCCUGAUCUUGUGACUUACGGUUCUGUUGUUGAUGCAUACUUAGAUAGAGGUCUGGGACGAAAUUUGGAUUUUGCUUUACAGAAAUUGAAUAUAAAUGAUUGUGUUACAGUAGCAACAGAACCGCUUGUAUUUGAGGCCAUAGGGAAAGGAGAUUUCCACUUAAGCUCGGAGGCAUGUUUAGAGUUCAGUAAGAAAAAGAAUUGGACGUAUGAGGAGCUUAUCACCACCUAUCUCAAGAAAUACUUCCGCCGUAAUCAAAUCUUUUGGAACUAUUGAUGAUGAAUAGCUUCUGAGCUGGAAGUUCUGUGCAAUUGCAUUAUGCUCAGUUAUUUGAACAAUUCUUCAUAUACACUGGUUUAAGUGGUUUAUCGUCCCUGACUGCAGCUACCCAUUCACUGAUUUGAUCAGAAAGGAUAUAACUGGAAGCUGCAUUUGUGGGAUAAAUAACAAGUAACUGUAGCUGCAUGAAACCAGCUAUCUUCAGCUACCUAGAAGAUGAACUACAUUAAAGAAGCUGCUUGUGGUAUCUUUGGUGUCAACAGUAUCUUGGCUCCUCCAACUUUUUUCUGUUAUAUGCAUAUUCUUAUUCACCACUUGAUUUUGUGCUUGAUGAAAAGGGGUUGCUUGAGCGGCUUUUAUUGCUAUCUGAUCCUGAAAUUACCUGCAAAAGAUCAUGACUUGUUAUGUGUUUGAAGGUUCUUCUUCAUGGUGGGUAUGCCAAUCAACAUCACUGACAUUCUUCCAUCUGCAGCAUUCACAUGGUAUUUUCUUGAAGUUGAAACUGUUUUCAGUUUGUUUUACAAAGAUGUUCUUAUAUCACUUACUUGAGAGGUAGAUCGACUUUCAGUAGUUGGGCUUCUUGGGCUGCUUCCAAAAUGCAUUGGUUGCAUUGCUUCUUCAGCAAGUACACGUAAUCUGUUAAGUUCAGGCAAAAUUACAGUGCCAAGAUCUGGUCGAUCUUUACGCCUGAGUUCUGCACACUUGAGUGCUAACUUGGCAAACGUCAAAGCCUCUUCCAUAGGCCAGUCAGGAACUGCUGGAUCAAGCAUAUCAGCAAAAGUGCCUUUCUCAAUUGCCCUCUCAACAUGGAUCUAUAUAACAAAAUGUUCCCGCUGUUGAUGUCAUUCGGUACUGUGUCACGGAGUCAGCUAUAGAAGGGGGGACGAGCCUAGCUAAACCAACAUCGCUGAUCUUACUUACAUAAUUGCGGUCAAGCAAAAUGUUGCCAGGUUUAAGAUCCCGGUGCACUAGAGGUUCUGGCUUGGUCUGGUGAAGGAAAAGGAGGCUAGUUCCGACCUCUGCAGCUAUACGAAAUCUUAGUUGCCAAGGAAGAACUUGAGUGCUUCCUCUUCGGAAGAGGCGAUCAUCUAAGCUCCCAUUGGCCAUGUACUCAUACACUAGGCAGCCAAAUUCAGGGCAGGCUCCAAGUAGAAGAACCAUGUUUGGAUGCCUUAUGCAGCUUAGAACUUCAACCUGCAUCAGAGCAAAUGAAAAGGGGCAUGAGAGAAUAUAACCUUUUCGGGAACUACUCUAUGACUAAUU